AUGGAUCCUCCUCAGGACGAUCACCACCGAAACAACAAUUCCUCACCCUCUUUCAAACAAAAGUUCAAGUCCUCCCUCUUCUGCUUCCCCAAGAGCCCCCACCACCAUCGAGGCGAAACCGUCACGAGCUCCGUCGAGAAGAAGCCGAGGCUCGUCCGGAGCAACUCAUUGUGGACAAAGUCCAGGCCGGAGGGAUCUGAUCAUCAUCACGACAUACCCGAGCCCAAACACCGGUGCAAGAACUUCAUAUCGCGAAUGGGCUCAGGUCGAAAACACGCCAGGCGCCACUCCGCCGACUUCAAGUACGACGCCCUCAGCUACGCCCUCAACUUCGAGGAAGAAGACGCCCGUUCCGAAGACUUCCCGUACAGAGACUUCACCGCCAGGUUGCCCCGCACUCCUCCUUCCACCGAUGUAUAUAAUAUUGAAUCUAUUGAUGAUCAAGGACGGACGGCAUGUAGUUAG